AUGAUGGACUACGCGCAAUACCAACAACCACCACAGACGGCGCAUUCUGGUUACACCAAUUCAGGUGCUGGAAAUAACAUUACUUCCCCUACGAGUCACAACAUACAUCAACACGGCGUUCAAACAUCGCCAAUCCUACCAUCACAACACCAAAACUCGACCCCAGGACAAGGACACAGCAUGUAUCAAACACAAUACGGCGUGCCCCAGCAAGGGAUGCACUACGGUGUGCCCCAAAUCCAGGCGGCUGCUAUGGCCGCGACCGCUGCCGCUGCCGGCGGAACUACGUACUCGGGAUACAUGACUUCGGACCCAAGUCUCCCCCAAAAUUCGCCGAGGAUGACACCCGGAGGCAAGAAAGACUCGCGCGAUCCUCGAUCACCUCAGCAAAUGAACAACGUAAACCAACUCCCUGGACGACGCCUGAGCCAAGUCACAAGCCCCGGUGUUCCGAAUGCGUCUAUGAUGAACCACGCUGGUGCACGUUCUGCCGUUGCGCCACCCCCAAUGCCUCCAACGCAAUCCAUGCCCCCACCCCAAUCCCCAGAAAUGACAGCAGGCGCUGAAGAAUCGCCAUUAUACGUCAAUGCGAAGCAAUUCCACCGUAUUCUUAAGAGAAGAGUAGCACGGCAACGUUUAGAGGAAGCCUUACGGUUAACGAGCAAAGGGAGGAAGCCAUAUCUUCAUGAAUCGCGGCACAAUCAUGCAAUGCGAAGACCUCGAGGUCCCGGCGGACGAUUCUUGACCGCGGAAGAAGUCGCCGAGAUUGAGCGAAGAAGUAAAGACUCCGGCGAGGACAAAGAUGGGGGUGCUGUUCAAACGGUAACCGCCAAGACUGGUACUAAGAGGAAGUCGGAUAGCAACUCUACGGCCCCGAAUAAGAAGGCAAGAACGGCGCCAGAGACGCCGGAUGAGGAGGAGGAUGAUGAUGCCGAGGAGGAUAGCUGA